AUGGAAAAUUUUAAUAUUCAAAUUAUUGAUAGGAUUGAAACGAUUUAUGAGGAAGAUCUUGAAUGUCUUGAACGUCUUGAAAGCUAUAAAAGCUAUGAAACUAUUGAAUACUUAACUUUGGAUGAAGAUUCUGAUAAUGUUGAAUAUAAUUCGACUACUAUAUAUAAAAUUAAUAAUAAUGAAAAUACAGUAACUUACUUUACAAAGGAAUUAAUAGCUAAAAUUGUUAAUCAUAUAUUAACGCCUAUUGAAUAUCCUGCAACAAGUCCAGAAGGUGUUGCUUAUAUAUUUAAUAUUGAAAAUUGGGAGAAGCCGUUAGCUGCAUUUAAAGAU